AUAAAUGAAAAACCAAUCAAGGCGUGCCGACCCAAGGGAUCAAGGUUCCAGUUAAACUAUCUGGCAGCAGUUUGCAGCCUGAAAGCAGGAGAAGUCCUCUAAGCGGCCUAGUCUGUAAGAUCUUCUCUCGGCCCGGUGAAGGUUUGUUGCUUCUGGUGAGUUAUCUGGAGCUGCGCACCAUGAUCCCCACCGCUGGAUUUUGUUCCCAGUUCAUUCGGAGAAGCACAGUUUUCCCCGCAGCUCUGAGGGUUCUCUGGACACCAUGGACACGUCUGCCGGGAUUACUUGCUGCCGCUCGGGGCAUCCACCUGGACUCUCCCCCUGUCAUCCCCACUCUCACCACCAGCUAUGUCCACGGCACGUCGUCCACGUCGCUGCUCCACGACACGGUCGCAGAGGCCUUGCAGAAGACGGUGGAGCGCUGGCCCGACCGGGAGGCCAUGGCCUUUCUGCAAGACGGAGUCCGCAAAACCUUCGCAGAGUUUCAACAAGAUGUAGACCGGGCUGCUGUGGGACUUCUGGCUCUUGGGCUCAGGAAAGGAGACCGGCUCGGCAUGUGGGGGCCGAACAUUUAUGAAUGGAUUCUGUUUCAGUUCGCAACAGCUAAAGCUGGGAUUAUACUGGUGUCUGUAAACCCAGCAUACCAACAGAAGGAGGUGGAGUAUGCCUUACGGAAGGUUGGCUGUAAAGCCAUUGUGUGCCCUUCAGAGUUUAGGACUCAGAAGUACUGCGACAUGUUGAUGAAGAUCUGUCCUGAAAUUGAGACGUCCAGUCCAGGAGACAUCAAGAGCGCCAGACUCCCAGAACUGCGAUCUGUGAUCGUCCUCGACAGCCGGCAGCCAGGAAUGUUUCACUUUGAGGAUGUGAUGCAGGCCGGGGACAGCAAACAUGUGAAGCAGCUUCAGGAUCUGCAGAAACAUCUGUCCUUUGAUGACCCGAUAAACAUUCAGUUCACCUCGGGUACAACUGGAGCACCGAAAGGUGCCACUCUUUCACAUCACAACAUUGUCAACAAUGCCUACUUAGUUGGGAACAGAAUCGGCUACCCCUGGAAGCCCCACACUCGUGUCUGUGUGCCCGUGCCUCUGUACCACUGCUUCGGCUCUGUUGGUGGAGGGAUUGCUAUGGCCGUGCAUGGCCUCACCUUGGUCUUUCCUUCUGCAGGGUACAAUGGAAAGGCCAACCUCGAAGCAAUGGAAAGUGAGAGGUGCACCUUCAUCUAUGGGACUCCCACCAUGUAUGUUGACAUGCUUAAUCAGCCAGAUUUGGCUAAAUAUGAUUUGUCAUCCGUAGAGGGGGGUCUCAUGGCUGGCUCCCCAUGCCCCCCAGAACUGGUGAAGAAAGUGGUUUCUCUAAUGGACAUCAAAGAAAUAACAAUAGGAUACGGCACCACGGAAAACAGCCCUGUGACGUUCCUUGGAUGUCCCUUGGACAACAUGGAGAGGAAGUCUGAGACGAUUGGCUACAUCAUAGACCACAUGGAGGCUAAAAUAGUAAACCCUACAACUGGCCAGGUUGUGCCUCUGGGGAUGAAGGGGGAGAUAUUGGUCAGAGGAUUUUGUGUAAUGCUGGAGUAUUGGUCUGAACAGGCUAAAACAGAGGAGUGCAUAUCAAAAGACGGCUGGUAUAAAACUGGAGAUAUUGGCAGCUUGGACGCUUACGGCUACUGCAGAAUCGAUGGCAGGAUUAAAGACAUGAUCAUCCGAGGAGGAGAGAACAUUUACCCGGCAGAAAUCGAACAAUUUCUCCACACGCAUCCGAAAGUAAAAGAGGCACAGGUGGUUGGAGUCAAGGAUUCCCGUAUGGGUGAGGAAGUCUGUGCCUGCAUCAAACUAGUAGAUGGCCAGGAGUGCACAGCAGAGGAGAUCAAAACUUUCUGCAAAGGACAGAUUGCUCACUUCAAGAUUCCUCGCUACGUCCUCUUUGUGAAUAGCUUCCCGCUCACUGUUACUGGAAAGAUCCAGAAGCACAAACUAUGCGAGGAGGCUGAGAGGCAGCUAAAGGACGGGAAAUGAUAGACUUCACUCAUGGAUGAAGAGAAUUCAAUUACUGUUUUUAAUACAUAAGCUGUAUAUGAAUUGUAUACCAGAAACUAAAUUUGGAUUAAGCCAGUCAUCCAUCAGAACAAGAUGAAAUGUCUGGAGAAGUAACAGACAGCCUAAGCCUUCAGGGGACAAGAAAAGGGCAGGUAUGAAGCCACAAAUCUUUACAUUGUUAUUAGUGGGGCAAGUAUGAAAUAACUCCAUCCUGCUGCUUUAAGCUGGUACAAGAAAUGAGCAUUAACCCAGUAGAUCUUGGUUUAGUACAGCAGAGGAAUCAAAGUGGAACAUAAAACAGGUUAACAUGAUUUUAUUAUUUACGUGUUUGUUUUUUAAAAGAUGUAGGGCACAGCAGUUUCAUCUUGCUCUGAACGUUGUGUGAGGCUCAUGUAGGUGGAGAACCUUUUUAACUUGUUAGCCUGCUCAGAUUUUAUCCAGCAAAAAGCCACGAAACCCUUGUUUUUUUUUAUCUCAACUUGAAAUAAACUCUAUUAAUACCAGA